CGUUUUACUUACUGUACUGCCAUGCAGCACAGUAAUACGCUGUUGUGCAAUUUCUGAAUCCGUCUGGUAAUUGGGCUGGAGUAGUGAGAAUUGCGCAUGAAAUUGUAUAAACAAUAUGGGUUUUUUGUAGUGGACAUUUGGAGUAUGGGUGUAAUAAUUAUCGAAUUAUUCGAGAAUGAUCCGCCCUUUGACCCCGACUCGGAGAUCCGAGCACUGCACAUGAUAUUUCAAGCAUUCGGAACGCCGAGCAAGGAGAUGUGGGAAGAAAUCGUGCAUCUCCGGCAUUACAGUGAAGUAUUUCCGAAGUGGAAACCGAGAAGUUGGAAGGAAGUAGCAAAGCACGCCCCGGACGUGGCUGUUGAUCUGCUGAAACGCAUGUUCCUUUAUAAUCCACAAGACCGCAUUACGUGCCGUGAUGCCAUGCAGCAUUCGUAUUUCGACACGGAGCACGGUCCGGAUCUCCGAACUCCUGACCCGAACGAACCACCGCUUCCGCCCAAAUUUCUCAGCCCUAAGCACAUGUUUGUGCCUCGUUCUGACGCCGACGAUAACCAUAUUAUUCGAUCGCACGAUGCGGAUUCCAGUAACAACGAAUAAGGUGCCACUUUCCCGAAUAUGCACAACACUGUUUUUGUGUGACUUUGUGAUGUUUUCAAAUACCAAAGUUUUGGUUGUGUUAAGUGUGCAGUAUUUUUGGUUUUAAUUUUUCUUUUAAACUGUCAACUUUCUCGGCGUUUAAUAAAAAUUUAUAUCGCCAGUUUUAUUAUCAAUAA